AUGCCAGAGCGCCUUCAGAUCAUCUGGACGCCAUGGCGGAACCACAGCGAGCUACUGAGUGUUCGAGAGUGGUUUUUUCCUCAACCAGCAAGUAGUGAACAGGCAGAUUCAGAUUCAAACUCCAGGAAAAAAGCUUGCAAUCACGUGUCGGCCUGGAAAUUGCGAGGCAAUCUCCCGCAUGCCGUCGAAUCAACCUGUCUCCUCACCGAAGCAGUUUUGAUCGACGAAAAGUCGAUUGAGCAGACGCCGGCGUUCGCAAUCAGGGCUUCUUACAUUACAGCAAUUUCUCGCUUCGUAACCGGCCUCCUCGACUCGCAACAGGAAUCCAAGUACAAAGUCUCCAUGUACACUCAAGCGCAGAAAAUCGGCUUGCCUGCUUUGUUCGUCGAUAUACGGCACGAGGCUACGCAUGGAGAUAUGCCCAAUUUGACGAAUUUGAGGAGUGCGGCGCAGAGAGCGUUGACGUGGUUAUGGGAGGAUUACUGGAAGGGCCUUGAGGAGCAAGCACCGGCGCUACCAGCAAGCCAUGGGCCGACCGCGGCUCUGCCGGAUGAGGCAGGGUACCAAAGGGAGAAGGUGGAAGGAGAUGGGGAGGAGCAGCCUGGAGGCUGGCAGAAAUGGCAAGGGAGGUGGACCCCGAAGCCCAUUGGCACAGUCUGA